AUGCCUGGUAUUGGUAAAACUACGUCAGUUCUGUGUCUGGCGAGAACGCUGCUGGGAGAUACAUAUAAAGAGGCAGUUCUGGAACUGAAUGCAUCUGACGAACGUGGUAUCGAUGUUGUUCGUGGUAGAAUCAAGGCUUUUGCUCAGAAGAAAAUCAAUCUACCACCAGGGAGACAGAAGAUUGUUAUUCUUGAUGAGGCAGAUUCAAUGACUCCUGGUGCUCAACAAGCUCUCAGAAGAACUAUGGAGAUCUAUUCAAAUACCACCCGUUUUGCCUUUGCAUGUAACCAGUCCAACAAAAUCAUUGAACCUUUACAGUCCCGAUGUGCCAUUCUACGGUAUACCCGAUUGACUGAUGAACAAGUGUUAAAAAGAUUGCUUCAAGUCAUUGAUGCCGAGGGGGUCAAGUACUCAGACGACGGACUAAGUGCAUUACUAUUCACUGCCGAGGGCGAUAUGCGACAGGCUCUGAACAAUUUACAAAGUACCUGGUCUGGAUUCGGGUUUGUCAGCGGUGACAAUGUAUUUAAAGUAGUGGACUCACCACACCCACUGGCUGUCCAACGAAUGAUCCAGGCCUGCACCCAAUACAACAUUGAUGGCGCUCUCGAGGAGCUCAACACCCUGUGGGACAAGGGCUACAGUGCUGUCGACAUCAUUGCUACCAUGUUCCGAGUAACGAAAAGUCUUCCUGACGUGUCCGAGGGCGAUAGGCUCGAGUACAUCAAAGAAAUCGGGUUCACCCACAUGCGCAUCCUCGACGGAGUCGGCACCUUCCUUCAGAUCGCAGGCUGUCUGGCCCGACUCGCCAAACUGUCGACCAAAUCAAAAGCAUAG